AGAUACAGAAAACAAUAAUGUAAGUGAGGUUCCUUUGGAUUGUUAUAAAGGUCAGAAUGGUGCAGUUCUUGAAUGGCUGGAAGGUGCCUGCUUCACGGCUUACCGAUGUUUGCCUGCAGCUAACAGGAGUCUGUCCUACAAAACCUUCCAAGGGCAGCAGUAUCUUGGUGAUGAAGCUAUUCGUGAUGUUAACCAGUCUAGUUCAGGCUAUCAUUUCUCUCAGUGUCCACUGGAACGACAACAAAGAAGUUUUCCGGGUGGUAAAUGAUGUCAGUGCCAUAACUUAUGGCACCAGCCUCGUUUUCACGUUUGGCCUCUACCACGACCGGAUUGAAGAGUUGUUGACCAUGCUGCAACAGGGAUUGUACCAGUACUCCACACCUCUCUCCGACAAACAACACGUUGCUAAGAGAGACGCCACCAUGAGGGUUAAAAUUGUUGAAAGAGUUUUUAUAAUUUCCUCGAUUCUUGGGACUUUCUUCUUCUUCAUCAGCCCGAUGAUUUUUGGUAUCAUAAACUUCAUGAAGGAUUCCCACGAGAAAAUUCCGUUGCCUCUUUCUCCCUGGUUCCCCUUCGAUAUAGACUCCGUCUACCUGUAUCUGACCAUUUACACGGUGGAAAUGAUGAUCUCUUUGAUCAUCAUCAUAUAUCACAUAUCUUGGCAGUGCUCUCUGUACUCCUCCAUCCUCUGCCUCCAGGGAGAGAUGAGGAUACUGGAUUGGGCAUUCAUGAACAUACCGGAAACAGCAAAAGUCAUGACUUCUAGAGCUUCUCACAGGGGUGACGUUCAGUAUUACAACAACUGCUGUCUCAAAGAGUGCAUACAACAUCACCAGAAGAUUUUACAGUGCAUUUCGUUGCUGAACGGAGCAUUCAAGAUCAUCAUCUUGGAGUACCUAGAGAGCUGCACUUUCAUAUUUUGUCUGAAUGCAAUGAGAUUGGCAUUGUCGCCCCUCUCCAUCUCAGUGACAACAGUGACGUCUCUAGGGGAGGUGGUGCCUGUCAUGUUGCAGUUGUGGCUCAUCUGUUGGUUUGGCCAGCUUCUUACUAACGAGGGGGAGAGGAUGAGGCAAUCUUGCUACAACAGUCCCUGGAUUGGUCAAGACCGUAGCUACAAGAAGACUCUCCAUGUGGUGAUGACACGGUGCAACAAACCUAUCUGCCUCUCGGCUGGUGGUAUCUACACUGUCGACAUGAAGACAUAUAGCCAGAUUCUUCAAGCUGCUUACUCCUAUCUCAACUUCUUGUUGUCAACCCACAACAGAUCCAUGUAGUCAGCUGCUGACGCCUGCUGAAGCUUUCACAAUCUCUAGUCAAUACAACAGAUGUAUUAGUUUAUAUCUAUAUGUCUAGUCUGAUAUUAGCAAAUCUAAACCCACAUUCACAUCUCUUUAUGUUAAUUAACUAGUGCACAAAUAAAUACUAAAAUAAUCAUUUGGUUUUACAAUUCUAGAGCAAUUACUGUGGCGGACAGUCACUGAUACCAUCCCUGCCUUUUUAAGAUCGGUACACGACUGGUGUCGCAUUGAAGGUGUUAAAAACAUAUUCUGUAGCUAGAGAUGAACCAUAGUAUAACACAUUCACUGUGGCAGACAGUCACUGAUACUAUCUCACCUGUCCUAAAGUCGGUACAUGACUGGUGUCGCAGGGAAG